UUACAAGUACAUUGGGUGGAACUUGAUGGACUUUCUUCAACCCAACUGAAAUAUGUAAUUAUGUUGUGUAUAAUAGAGGAAUACUGAGUUUAUCAUUGGAUAAUACAAUAAGUAGAAGUGGAGUAUAAUGGCAAUAUAUAAAUAAAGGGACUAUAUUGGAACUGCAAUGGCCUGAAGGACAAUUAGAGGAAGGUUUGAGUAUAAUGUCCUAGAUAACCCUGAAAGCCAGGAAGAAGGUUAAGAAGGUUAAUAAGGUGGGAUUUAGGGUGAUAUUUAUUUGCUGGGACUAUAGCUGAUGGUUGAUAAACCAAUGAUUGAUGACUGGCCCUAAAAGGGGGACUUAAACCAACAAAGUUCUAGAACCAUUGCUUUAGAGCUUCCAUCAGUUAUCCAAUGACUAACCAUGAAAUCUUCCAUCAGGUACUGUAUAUUUCUGAUGAAAGUCCAAUAAUUUGUUCUCACAUUUCUAGGUAUCAGUGAAUCCAUCUGGAUAUGUGGCCAGUAAAUCUUGUCUGGGUGGCCAUUGGCCAUUGUCUCUUGUUUGCCUCCAGCAGUGCUCAUCCCACAUAUAGAGGCAGAUACAAAGCCUCCGUAUUUACUGACCUUACCCCUCCUGAAAUGACCUCUGUUCAGAGCUUCUUGAUGGACCAGGAUAUUCUUAAUUUAGGAUCCACUGAGCAUAAACUGAAACAAAACACAAUUUUCAUGAUGGAGCUCAACAUGCCCAAAAAACUGCAAGUGCUCAGCUUUCUGGACCAAAAUGGUCCCAAACCUCUGAGAGAGGCCAAAGUGGUCAUCUAUUUUGCAGACCAGCCUAAUCCCAAUGUCACAGAAUACAUUGUGGGCCCACUUCCCCACCCCAAUUAUUACAGACCUAAUGUCUAUAGGGGGAACAAGACAAUCAAGUUUGAAUCCCGGCCAGUCACCACCACAGAGUAUUAUUUUAUUCACCUGAAGAUGCUGGAGGUUAUGAAGGAAAUGAAUCACAUUCUACUGGAGACUUCUGGAUUUUCCUACUACAACUGCACCAAACGAUGCCUUUCUUUUAUCGACAUUGCACCCCGAGGCCUGAAAUCUGGGGAGCGUAGGUCAUGGCUAAUGAUAAACAAGUACGUGGAAGGGUAUUUUCUCCAUCCUAUAGGCAUUGAGAUCCUGCUCAAUCAUCGCUCCCUGGACCCCAAGGAUUGGGCAGUAGAAAAGAUUUGGUACAAUGGACAAUAUUUUGACAGUGUUGAGGAACUGGUUAGGAAAUAUGCAAGUAACCAAAUGUCCAAGCUCCGCCUGCCGGUGCAUAUGGACAGUGAUCCCUACUCCACAUUUAUACCCCGUGGGGAGUACAAGACCAAAUCAAAUGUACAUGGCCCAAAAGUGUGUGAGCCUCAGGGCAAACGCUACCGGGUCAUGGGUAACUAUGUGGAGUACGCUGGUUGGAGCUUUGCUUUCCGUUCAAGUACAUCGGCCGGGAUGCAGCUCUAUGACAUACAGUAUAACAACGAACGCAUCGCCUAUGAGGUGAGCAUCCAAGAGGCUAUUGCUUUUUAUAGUGGGGUCACCCCCGCUGCAAUGCAGACCAAAUCUAUUGACACUGGAUGGGGCAUGGGCUCAGAUGACUAUGAGUUGGCCAAAGGCAUUGACUGCCCUGAGGUUGCCACUUACCAGGAUGUCCAUCACUUCUAUGACACAAACAAACCAGUACGUUAUAAGAAUGCCAUUUGCAUCUUUGAGCUCCCCACUGGAGUGCCCUUACGCCGUCACUUCGACAGUAACUACAGGGGGGCCCAUAACUUCUAUGGUGGCCUUGAGAACCAUGUCCUGGUGCUGAGAACCUGCUCUACAGUCGAUAACUAUGAUUACAUAUGGGACUUCAUCUUCUACCAGAAUGGGGUGAUAGAGGUUAAGGUUCACCCUACAGGCUACAUCCAGGCAACUUUCUUCACACCAAAUGGGGCCGUCUAUGGCAGCAAAGUCAAUAAUAAUGUCCUGGGGAACCUGCACACUCACUUAAUUCAUUAUAAGGUGGACCUUGACAUUGCAGGGACAGAGAACAGCUUUGAGACAGUGGGACUCAAGGCUGAGAACAUCUCCAACCCCUGGAGCCCCGGGGACUUUAUAUUCCAGCACCGCUUGGAGCAUCACCUGAAGUCCACUGAGAGACACGCAGCCUUCAGAUUUGGCUCUCCCCUCCCCAAGUACUUAACCUUCAUGAAUCCCAAUAAGAUGAACAAAUGGGGGCACCCAAAAAGCUACAGAAUCCAGUACAACUCCAAUGGUGACCAAAUACUGCCCAGAGGCUGGAAAGAAGAGAAGGGAAUAUCUUGGUCCAGGUACAGCCUGGCAGUCACGCGCCACAGUAAUGCUGAACCCACAAGCAGCAGCAUCUACGCCCAGAAUGAACCCUGGGACCCAUUGGUUUAUUUUGAGAAUUUUAUUCACAACAACGAAGACAUUGUCAACAAGGACCUGGUUGCCUGGGUGACGGUGGGUUUCCUACACAUCCCUCAUGCAGAAGACAUCCCCAACACAACAACCCCAGGAAAUGCUGUUGGGUUCCUACUGCGCCCCUUUAACUUCUUUGAUGAGGAUCCAUCGGUGGCUUCCAAGAGUCCAGUCAUUGUGAGACCAGCAGACGAUUCCUUCUCCAGAGUCAACAUCCAGCGAUGGACCCCAGAGGUCGUUGGCCACUGUGUUUCUGAUGAGCCAUUCAGCUAUAAUGGGACCUCUGGGUUCUUAGGGACCCUAUGAUAAGGGGGCGGAGUCUUGUAUCUAUGCUGUGAUUGGCUACGGAGAGAUAAAUGACAGAAACAAAGGAAACUGGAUAAAUAUUAUGGAAUGAAAUGAACAAAAUGAGUAACGUUUUUUGUGCUGUUCCUGCCGACUCCUGACUCCAUGAUCCUUAUGUUCUUGUUCUUGUGUCUCUAUGGAAAGAGGAAUAUGGGGGGCUGCCAGUAUCUUGGUUCCCCCCAGCAGUGGCCACUCCUGGGAUUUAGUCACUGAUACUGGUCUUGUCUCCAGAUUCUGCUCCGUAUUCUGCUCCGUAUUCUGCUCCGUAUUUUGCUCCGUAUUCUGCUCCGUAUAGUUCUCUCGCCCUCAGCCUCAAGCAGACACUCGGCACAGCAAUGUUAGUGAAAAACGUUCACAUUAGAAGAGUAGUAAAAAAUGUAUGGAAAUGGCAAAAGUGCUUAUUCUAUAUAUAUAUAUAU